AUGCGUAUGAAACAGGCUUUGAAUACCCGAAUACCUCCUCGAAACUUCGUCUGCACACCUACCUCGACCGAGCUGGCAGCUAUCGCAGCUGGUGAGAGGGUGAGGCUCACGCCCCCUCUGACCCAGCGCGUAAUCCGUCCGGACGAGAUUGGCGGGCGAGAAGCAGCUAUACCCUUGACCAUCGAACCCAUCAACGAAACGGAGAUCUCCUAUUUCGAAGCUGUUCGCCGUCAGAUGGCGGGCUACUUCUCUAACGCCCGCCAGCACCCUCACGACUACCUCCACCUCCCGCCCACAUUGUACCGUCCCGAAGAGCUCGGUAUCGAGCCGACCACGUACUACAGCGAGGCACAGCUGGGGCACUGGCUCUCCCAAGAUCUCAUCCCGUCUGCCCGAAGCCUCAGCGAUAUCGACGGCGACAUCUGGACAAUCGGACCCGACACGGCGGGGAAUCGCGCGAACAUGUGGCCGGUAACGUCUGCCGAUCUCGUACUGAGCAGGUGGUUGGGCGGUGGAUGGGAAGGCGCGGCUUCGGCAAUCAAGGCAGUGCUGGACGAGACGUUGGAAGAGGGACGUACGAAAGCGCUGGCUAUGGGCGUCUACCCGUGCAUGAUCAACUCAAUCAUGACGUCACAAAUUCGAAGGUCGCAGCACGCGGGCGUGGAAAACCCGUACAUCCCGCUCAUCAUCACGAACGGCUCCGUCUUCUUCGUCGUCCUCGGCAGACUCGACAUCAUCGACGGUGAGGCGUAUGGCCGUCUGGGCUUUACUCGGAUGGAAUCUCUCGCCAACUACCCGCUGCGCCUGCUCUUCUUCGCCCACGCCCUUAUGCAUCGCCUCAACCCUACCCUUCCUCCGCCUCCCGGCUUCUCCCUCGACGAAGCCUUGAAGUCCACAAUUCAGCCUUCUGUCGCCUUCAAGUCACAAGCCAAAGCGGAGGAGGCGCUGCGUGCGCUGGAAAUGGCGAAAAGGGCGAGCGACAAGUCGGGUGCGAAGGGGAACCAGGAGUCGGACGGUACGGAGGCCGGGCGCAGUGGCGGCACCGGAGGCCGCGCAGGAGGUGUUGCAGGAGGUGGCGAGGCGCGCGGUGGUCGACACUUUCCCUUGUCGUCUCUUCUCGCGACGCGACUGAGAGCGAAAGACAUCCAGAAGCUCGCUUUGCCGCUUCGAUUCGAGUUGGUCGUGGCUUGGUGGGGAGAAGGACGGGGACGCUCGGAUCCAACCACGUUCGAGCUCGCAACGGCGCGAGACUCGCAGCCCGCCACCGACCAUGUACCGACCGUCGUCCUGGACAAGCUUCUGAGCAAGGUCGAUUCUCUCUCCGUUGCCAAGAGCACCGCCCUCAACCUCGUUUUCAAGAAGGCGUGGGUUGCGGACGAGCGCGCCACAGAACUGCUCAACGAGGGAGCAAUCUUCGACGAGCUCUACCGGCAGGACGACGCAGCCGACUUUCUCGUUGGUUACGCCGGAUUCUUCGAGUCGACGAACGAGUCGCACUACUUGCUUGUCACAGAGGCGGGCGAGGCCCUCGAAGAUUGGAGGAAAGAGAGCGAUGCUGUGAUCGAGAUCGUCGAGCAGCUCCACCAACGCGGCUACGUCCACGGCGACUUGGCAGAGCGGAAUGUCGUCAGGACCCCUGCAGGACUGCGCCUCAUCGACCUUGGCCGUGCAAGGAGAGCCGAGGGACACGAGUGCGCGCGGGAGAUGGAACAGCUGAAGAAGGUGUUGGCGGGCGAAGCAGACUGGCUCGUUUACAGCUUCCUGGGCUAUCAUUACGGUUGGUAG